AUGUGUUACUACAGAGGAUACUAUGGAGGCCUAGGCUGUGGCUAUGGCUGUGGCUAUGGUGGCUAUGGUGGCUAUGGUGGCUAUGGUUAUGGCUGCUGCCGCCCUCUGUGCUGUAGAAGGUACUGGUCCUAUGGCUUCUACUGA